ACCGCCAUGGUGACCGGGGCGCUGCUAUUUUCUUCCUUCUCCCGCUUCCGGAGGGCUUGGCUCCCGCCUCUCCUCGUCGGGCCCCGAAGAAGCUACAGCCAAGACGAUGCAUUCUCCCAGUACUUGCACCGCAGCAUCGUCCCCACUAUGCAUUAUCAGAAGAGCCUGCCCCGUUUGCCCAUUCCCAAACUUGAAGAUACAAUUAGAAGAUACCUGAAUGCUCAGAAACCUCUUUUGGAUGAUGAUCAAUUCAGGAAAACAAAACAACUGGCUGGCAACUUUGAGAAUGGCAUCGGUAGAGAAUUGCAUGAUCAUUUGGUUGCAAAGGACAAACAAAACAAACAUACUAGUUACAUUUCAGGUCCCUGGUUUGACAUGUAUCUUCAGGCACGGAAAUCUGUUAUUCUUAACUUCAAUCCAUUCAUGGCUUUCACUCCUGACCCCAAACCUGAAUACAACGAUCAGCUUGUGAAAGCCACCAACAUGACAGUUGCUGCUUUACGUUUCUUGAAGACUCUUAGGGCAGGCAUCUUAGAACCAGAGGUGUUUCAUCUGAACCCCUCCAAAAGCGACACUCCCGGGUUCAAAAAGUUUAUUCGAUUGGUGCCUUCUUCUCUCUCAUGGUUUGGUGCCUAUAUGGUGAAUGCCUACCCACUAGACAUGUCACAAUACUUCAGACUUUUCAAUUCCACGCGGCUGCCUAAACCCAGGAAAGACGAGCUGUUUACAGAUGAGCAUGCAAGGCAUUUACUGGUGCUUAGAAAUGGUCACUUCUAUGUGUUUGAUGUGAUAGACCAAAACGGCAAUAUAGUGAAACCCUCAGAAAUUCAAGCCCAUUUAAAAUUUAUCCUUUCGGACAAUACUGCAGUUCCAGCAUCUCCUCUUGCUUAUCUAACUACCGAAAACCGGGACACCUGGGCGACUCUGAGACAGGAACUCCUUGACAAUGGCAACGGGGAGGCCUUAAGGAAAGUGGAUUCAGCCAUAUUCUGUCUGUGCCUUGAUGAUUUCCCAAUUAAAGAUGUCGACCAUUUGUCUCGUGCUAUGCUCCAUGGCGACGGCACUAACAGGUGGUACGACAAAUCAUUUAAUCUUAUUUUAGCUAAAGACGGCUCUGCAGCAGUUCACUUUGAGCAUGCUUGGGGAGAUGGUGUAGCUGUGCUUAGGUUCCAAAACGAAGUCUUUAAAGACAGCACCGAGAUGCCUGCCGUUACGCCUCAGUCCUUGCCAGCUGCCUGCGAUUCGCACGGAGCUGUAGAGAAGCUAAAUUUUAAACUGAACGAUGCCUUAAAAGAAGGAAUUACCAAAGCCAAGCAAAAAUUUGAUGCUACUGUGAAAACACUAACGCUGAAGUCCUUGCAGUUUGAAAGAGGAGGCAAGGAAUUCAUAAAGACCCAGAAGUUGAGUCCUGAUGCCAUCGUCCAGCUUGCCUUCCAGUUGGCUUUUCUUAGGCAAUAUGGACAGACAGUUGCCACCUAUGAAUCUUGUAGCACAGCAGCAUUCAAACAUGGUCGCACUGAAGCGAUCCGGCCUGCUUCAGUUUACACAAAGGCAUGCUCGGAGGCAUUGGUCAAGAGGCCGUCCAAGCACAGUACUGUGGAAUUACGCCAGAUGAUCACAGUGUGCUCUACGUAUCACGGUCAACUCACAAAAGAAGCUGCUCUGGGUCAGGGAUUUGAUCGUCACCUCUUUGCAUUGCGGUGUGAAGCAGAAUCCCAAGGAAUUUCUUUGCCAGAUCUUUACAAGGACCAAGCUUAUGCCCUAAUUAAUCACAACAUUCUCUCCACAAGUACUUUGAGCAGCUCAUCUGUGAACCUGGGUGGAUUUGGGCCGGUGGUGCCUGAUGGAUUUGGUUUAGGUUAUAGCAUACACGAUAACUGGAUCGGGUGCAAUGUUUCGGCUUAUCCAUCUAGGAAUGCACCAGAAUUCCUGCAGUGUGUGCACAAGUCACUGGAUGAUAUUUUUGAUAUUUUAGAAGGGAAACAAAUUAGUAAUUAAGA